AUUCCUAUCGGAGGAGCGCAGCGAAUGUCACUUCCCUGCGCACAAGGCUAACUGAGUGCUCAAAUAGUCCAACAUGGCCGCGGUAUGUGCAGCGUCUCGUGUCCUCACAAAAAGGGUGCUGUCAUCUAAAGCACUUCCAGCAGUUUGCACAGGGAGCUCCAGGAAUUUCCACUUCUCCAUCUAUGGGAAAAGGGAAAAUGCAAAGGUUUCAAGUGAUAUCUCCACGCAGUACCCAGUGGUAGACCAUGAAUUUGAUGCGGUGGUGGUGGGCGCCGGGGGGGCUGGUCUGCGUGCUGCCUUCGGGCUGUCGGAGGCCGGCUUCAACACCGCCUGCGUCACCAAGCUGUUUCCCACCAGGUCUCACACGGUGGCGGCACAGGGUGGAAUCAAUGCGGCCCUUGGCAACAUGGAGGAUGAUGACUGGAGAUGGCACUUCUAUGACACAGUGAAAGGAUCUGAUUGGCUGGGAGAUCAGGAUGCUAUCCAUUACAUGACUGAGCAGGCCCCUGCAGCUGUGGUGGAGCUGGAGAACUUCGGCAUGCCUUUCAGCCGCACAGAGGACGGGAAGAUCUACCAGCGUGCCUUCGGGGGCCAGAGCCUGAAGUUCGGGAAGGGCGGCCAGGCGCACAGGUGCUGCUGCGUGGCCGACAGGACCGGCCACUCCCUCUUGCACACCCUCUACGGCCGGUCUUUGAGAUACGACACCAGUUACUUUGUGGAGUACUUUGCCUUGGACCUGCUGAUGGAGGACGGCGAGUGCAGGGGAGUGAUUGCACUGUGCAUGGAGGACGGGUCCAUCCACCGCUUCAGAGCCAAGAACACCGUCAUUGCCACAGGGGGCUACGGCCGUACCUAUUUCAGCUGCACCUCGGCCCACACCAGCACAGGGGACGGUAACGCCAUGGUGACCCGCGCCGGGCUCCCCUGCCAGGACCUGGAGUUUGUGCAGUUCCACCCCACAGGUAUCUAUGGAGCCGGCUGUCUGAUCACAGAGGGUUGCCGUGGAGAGGGAGGGAUCCUCAUCAACAGCGAGGGCGAGCGCUUCAUGGAGCGCUACGCCCCCAACGCCAAGGACCUGGCCUCCAGAGACGUGGUGUCCCGCUCCAUGACCAUCGAGAUCCGGGAGGGAAGGGGCGUCGGCCCGGAGAAGGACCACGUGCACCUGCAGCUGCACCACCUGCCCCCUCAGCAGCUGGCCACCCGCCUGCCCGGCAUCUCGGAGACCGCCAUGAUCUUCGCCGGCGUCGACGUCACCAAGGAGCCCAUCCCCGUGCUUCCCACCGUCCACUACAACAUGGGUGGGAUCCCCACCAACUACAAGGGCCAGGUGAUCACCUACAAGGAUGGCGCAGACCACGUGGUGCCCGGCCUGUACGCCUGCGGAGAGGCGGGCUGCGCAUCCGUCCACGGUGCCAACCGACUGGGCGCCAACUCCCUGCUGGACCUGGUGGUGUUCGGCCGCGCCUGCGCCCUCACCAUCGCCGAAAUCUGCACACCUGGAGAGAAGCUGCCACCCCUGCAGCCCAACGCUGGAGAGGAGUCUGUAGCCAACCUGGACAAAAUGAGAUAUGCUAAUGGCAACACCAGGACUUCUGAGAUCAGGCUGAACAUGCAGAAGACUAUGCAGAACCACGCCGCCGUGUUCCGUACUGGCUCCGUACUCAAGGAGGGCUGCGUCAAAAUGGAUGCCAUCUACCAGACGCUGGACGACAUCAAGACCUUUGACAGAGGGAUUGUGUGGAACACUGACCUGGUGGAGACCCUGGAGCUGCAGAACCUGAUGCUCAAUGGUGUCCAGACCAUACACUCCGCCGAGGCCCGCAAGGAGAGCAGGGGCGCCCACGCCAGGGAGGACUUCAAGGACCGCGUGGACGAGUACGACUACGCCAAGCCCCUGCAGGGACAGCAGCCGAAGCCCUACGAGGAGCACUGGAGGAAGCACACGCUGUCUUACGUGGAUCCAAAGACCGGCAAGGUGACGCUGGAGUACAGACCCGUGAUCGAUAACUCGCUGUCUGAGGAAGACUGCGCGCAUAUCCCUCCUGCCAUCCGCUCCUAUUAAGCACCUCUCUGUAACAGUCCUUAUUUAUAAACCGGCUCUGCUUUUAAUGGUUAACUGUUCCAAUAAAAUUGGUUCAACUUGUGGUCUUUGUGCAGCACUGAAGACACAGCAUGUGACAUUCGGUGUUCAUUAAUAAAUUGUGCUGUACGACUUCAGUGAAUCCUACAAGCAUUGUGGUUUAUGAACAUAUUAGGUAUCAGUACAUUUGCUUUAGUUCUUUCAGGCAAAUUAAUGAAUAUUUAAUAUUUAAAUAUGGGAUGAUUCUGUAACAAACAAACUUAGUCGAGAGAGAGGACACCACGGAGACACCAAUGCCAAUAACAUACUGUUCUUGCUUGUUCUUCAUAUUCAGUGGCCUUCAUAUUCAGGGGAUCACAUCACAUGUAUGCAAAGUUCUGUACGUCUUGCCUGUCAUGUUUGUAGUAUUUAUUUGAGCUCAAUAAAAUUACUGCAGUUACACAGUA